AUGAAGAAUUCUACAGGAGAAUUUACCGAAUCAAUUGCUACAAUUGCGCCCAAGCUGAAUCGCGAUAAGAAAUCGACUCCAUUCAAUAGGAGUAUGGUUCUUAGUAAACCCAUCAAAUCAUCUUGGAAAAAGAAGAUGCAACUCAAAAAUGAAAAGCGAAACGUCAAAGCAAUUGAGCAAAGUAUCAAAGAUGAAAAACAGGCUGCUCUUGACGAGAAGAAGAGACGACGUGAGGAGAACCAAAAACGACGCGAAGAAAAUGCUCGAAAAGCUGAAAUUGUGCAGCCAAUCAACAACUUGAAGAAGCUGGGAAAGAAAGGCUCAAAGCGAAUUCGUAAGGUCUAA